AUGCUGGCAGACGUUGGGCUACCGGUCCACACCCGGCCAUAUAUGGAUCAUACUACGAUUCAACGGCCAAUACCCAGACGAGGCGGAUAUCGCGGGGCGGGGUCUCAGCAGCCACCUCCACCUGUUAUGCUCAAGCCACAGCACAAGUGGUCAAGACUGCCAGAGUUGACCGUCAGAAUAUCAAACCUCCUCCCGUCCGAAACAACGUGGAACAUAUGGCGUAACUUCAAAACUCAAGGAAACAUCAGCUUCAUAGAGAUAUUCGAGGGUUCCGAUGGCAAGCGAGAAGGAAGAGCGAAGGUUAGGUUCUCGCCACCACCUAGAGAUGCAUUCUGGGCUACCAAUAAUAACUCGAAAAUUCAUGGGGCGUAUAUGAUUAGGGGAGUCGAUGAUCUCUUCCGUUACAGAGUUUCCGUGGAAAUGAGAGAUAACGACCAGAAGCGCGGCCAUCAGAUUCAAAGUCCGAUUCACAAUCAUAUCUUCUACGACCAAAAGAUGACUCUUUCGGUUUCCACGUUGCAUUUCGGUUUGAUGAUGCAACCGCAAUCUAUGAUGCUUCUUCAGACCGUCAAGCAGAAUAGUCGAUCGGAUGAGUUGACAUUUAUCGUUGACCUUGUCCGAAAGAGGCUUACAGCUGAAUUCAUGUUUGAGCACCGAGACGCUAGAGCCCGAGACACAACCACCGACUUGGUUGUUGAUUCUCGGCCCGGUAAAUACGACAGAAUGAACAAGUACAUGUUCCAGAUCCCAUUCGAACAGUUAAAGGUCAUCCACCGAGUGAACUCAGAUGACGGGUCGUUCAAGCUAGCCAUAUCGCUUGAUUCACCACCUCAAUUUUACCGAAAGCGUGAUCAAGACAAGGAUUGCCAUCCCACGGACAGCUUAGUUUGGUCCGAGUUUGAUGAUGGUUGGUUUAGACAAACAGAUAUUGUCUACAAUCCAUGGGAGCUCCGAGGGGCUGUUGUCACUCUCCAUAAGCCGAGGCCAGUGAUUGAUAUAGGUCGCUGGACAACUUACCUUUUCGAAUUCAAUCAGGACAAGAAGCUAUCCUAUACUUACGAUGAAAUCAAACGGGCACUACAGGACUAUAAUGUGGAAAUUAUCACUGCAGAUAACCUCGACACGGUCCCGGCACAGGUUCCUGAAUUGUGGUCUCUCAUCGACCAUCAACGUCAAAUAACUGGCGCAGAUCUACAGCCUUUGGAUGGACCCACAAGCGUUGCCUCACUCCCCUUCGAAGUCCGCUACCAAUUAGAAGUUUGCAUAUCUCGAGAGAUGCUGAAUGAAUAUAAUAUCUCGCAGGAAUUCAUCACAGCCUUAGCAGACAUGGCUGCGACCGAACCUUCCAAGGCUCGUAAUAUAUUAGAGUACGUUGCCGAGCAAGAUAAGCGCAUAUACGACCCAAUGAGCAUAUUUGAAGACCGGGAAGCUCUUGCGUUCUCCACCAAGACAGAGAUCCCCCAUUACUGCGCAUACUCACGCAAGGCAACGAUCACUCCCAGCACCAUCUAUUUUAGCUCGCCAACUGUCGAAACCACUAAUAGGGUGCUGAGACGCUAUGCUAGUGAGAAUCAGGACGGCCGCUUUUUACGUGUACAAUUUACUGAUGAGUUGUUUGAGGGCAAAAUCAAUUUUUGUGCUAAACAACGCAAUGAUGAGGUCUUCACUCGGGUUUUUAGGACCCUUCAGAAUGGCAUUCAGAUUGGCGACCGCCACUAUGAAUUUCUAGCAUUCGGCAACUCGCAAUUUCGUGAGCAUGGCGCUUACUUCUUCUGUCCCACCGAACACCUAUCUUGUAAUGAUAUCCGCAACUGGAUGGGCAACUUCUCUCACAUCAACGUGGUUGCCAAAUAUGCUGCUAGAUUAGGACAAUGCUUUUCCACGACAAGAGCUAUCAAUGGCUUGUCGGCCCCUAAGCUCAUUCCCAUUCCAGAUAUUGAACGAGGGGAGUACUGCUUUACGGAUGGUGUGGGCAAGAUUUCGCCGUUUCUUGCCCAAAUGAUCUGUGCCGAACUGGGACUACGUUCGACCACAAUUCCAUCCGCAUUUCAGUUUAGACUUGGGGGCUGCAAGGGCGUUCUAGUUGUGUGGCCCGAAGCAAGGGAUAGUGAGGUCCAUAUGCGACGAAGUCAGCAGAAGUUCACGGCUGUCUACAACGGCCUUGAGAUCAUUAGAUGCUCCAGGUUUUCCUGCGCCUCUCUAAACAGACAAACAAUCACGAUCCUUUCAUGCCUAGGAGUCCCUGACAGGGUAUUCCUAGACAUGAUGUCGGAGCAGCUUGCCAAUUACCAGAAUGCUAUGAGUGAUAACGACUUGGCUGUAAGCCUUCUCCUACGAUACAUAGACGACAACCAAAUGACUAUCAACAUCGCAACUAUGAUUCGUAACGGAUUCAUGGCUCAAAGGGAUCCUUUUGUGAUAUCUCUUCUUCACCUCUGGAGAUCCUGGUCUAUCAAGCUUCUCAAGGAAAAGGCUAAAAUCAUCGUUGAAAAGGGUGCAUUUGUACUCGGCUGUGUGGAUGAAACAGGAAUUCUAAAAGGCUACAACAGGCCAACCGUGGCACAGGGUACGCCCUUCCUAGAAACAGAACUACCCGAAAUAUUCAUCCAAGUGCCAAGCAAGGAUGACCCGAGUGUCUAUAAUGUGAUUGAGGGCAUUUGUCUCGUCGGCCGAAAUCCUUCGCUCCACCCUGGCGACCUUAGGGUAGUCAAAGCAGUCAACGUGCCGGCGCUCCAUCACCUGCGCGACGUCGUUGUUUUCCCAUCGACUGGAGAGCGCGACAUACCGAGCAUGUGCUCUGGUGGAGAUCUCGAUGGCGAUGAUUAUUUCGUCAUCUGGGAUAAGGAGCUUCAACCCCCAGAGUGGAAUUGCGAACCAAUGAACUACGCCGCUCAGGCACCGAGAACGCAAAGCCGGCCCGUCGAGGUUCAAGACUUGAUGAAGUUUUUCGUUCGGUUUAUUAAGAACGACGCUCUUCCAACUAUUGCCCUCGCUCAUUUGGCACAGUCUGAUUACCUUGAUCGUGGUGUCAAAGACCCCAGAUGUCUUGAGUUAGCUGCCCUGCAUUCCAAGGCUGUUGACUAUAGCAAGAGUGGUCACGCCGCAGAGAUGCAAAAGCGUCUAAGGCCGCGACAAUGGCCACAUUUCAUGGACAAGGGGUAUAGGCGAAAAGACACUAUCUAUGAAUCGCAAAAGAUCCUUGGUCAACUGUUUAAUAAAGUUGAGAGCGUCGACUUUGUUCCACAAUGGAACAUGCCCUUCGACCGACGGAUUUUAUCAGCCUAUAAACUUGAAGACUCUAUUCUGAAGUCUGCCCGACAAAUCAAGUCUAAAUAUGAUGUGGCCCUACGCCGAAUCAUGGCACAGCAGGAGAUCAAGACAGAGUUUGAAGUAUGGUCAACAUUUGUUCUUUCCAGGCCACGUGUCGGCUCCGAUUACAAAAUGCAGGAACAGAUUGGCAUAAUUUCAGAAGCUCUAAAGGAUCAAUUUCGAGCAGUUUGUAUCGACAAAGCUGGCGGAAAAGACUUUGACGUCCUAGGUCCGUUCGUAGCCGGCAUGUACAAGGUGACGAAGGAGGAAGUGGACAUAGCUCUCGCCGAGUGUCGAGCGACUAAGAUGGUUGGCACCCGGAGAGUACCAAAGAGGAAGAUGGAGUCGAAAUACAUGCCCCUGAUUAGCUUCCCUUGGUUGUUCGAGAAGCAACUAGGACGCAUUGCCACUGGAAUAGCUGGUGACGACAUUGAUGAUAUUGGCCUCCAGACUCUAACAUUGAAGACCGACCAUCCUCACGCACAUAGAGGGCAAGCUGCAGGUGGCGCGGCCAAUUUCGACGACUAUAUCCGCCGGGAGGAUGGAGUUAUUGUCCAUCGGGGCGAAGAACUCGAUCUCUUUCGUGACAUGGAGGAGUCGGAGGACGCCGGAGGUUCAGCGGAUAGCGACAGUGAGGAAGGCUUGUUUCCCGAAUCCGCGCCGACCACAAUGGAUAAGAAUGGAGUUAUUUCUUGGGAUUCCGAAAUCAUUCAAUCGCCAGUUCGAUCCAUGCAAAGCGAGUCGUCUAAUGAAGGACUUGCUGUGGAUGCCACGGACGACCUUGCCGGUACUCCGUUAGAGUCACCAAUAGACGCCAAUUAUAGAUUUUCAGAGGACGAGGACCUUCUAGACUUCAGCGAAGACGUUGAUAUUGUGGAGGAGGUCGUGGAUCUAGAGAUCGAGGAAUCGGCUAUGGAGAAAUUAGCUCGACUAAUGGCCUCCUAA